CACAGAGACCUCAAGUCACCUGUGAUGAUGGUUAAUAUUGCUGGUGCAGCCGGGACACCUGGUGUUUGCCUAGCGUUCGCGCUAGUAUUUCACCCUGACACACACUAACAAUUUGCAGAGUAGCACCUGUUGUUGCCACGGAGACCCUGGAGGCCAGCUGUGCGCAUAUCGCCGUGGCUCCCGUCACCCAAGGCCAUUUGCAUACUUUACGAGGGGAGGUAAAAGGACACGAUACAGGUGGGGUGGCCGUGAGAGAGCCGCACAGAAGCAAAGAGAAGUCUGGAGAUGUCUGGCCGGCCCAACGGCUGAAGGGCUUAUUAAGUGGACCGGUUGCCAUAGAGACGUGUUGGCAGGAUAUUGCCGGGAUAAGGUGUAAUGGGUCUCCUGACGCAGUUCGCUCUGCUCCUGUGGAAGAACUUCACUCUCCGGAAGAGACAAAAGGUCCGCUUGGUUGUGGAAAUUCUUUGGCCUCUGUUCCUCUUCUUCAUUCUGGUGGCGGUACGCUUCACCAACGAGCCGACCCACAAAGGCCAAUGCCACUAUCCGAAUAAAGCCAUGCCGUCGGCCGGGCUGAUUCCUUGGAUUCAAGGUCUGGCGUGCAACAUGGACAAUCCCUGCCUGAGUCAUCCGACGCCAGGGGAGGCGCCGGGACAGGUCAACAACUUUGACAACUCACUAAUUUCAAGGGGGCUGAUUGAGCUGCAAAGCCUCCUGCUUAACAAAUCCAUCCUCGGCAACGCCCAACGACUGGCUGACGACGUCGCCCGAUUGGCCGCGGUCAUGUCGCCGGCUGACGCUGAGAACGGACAACCAGUUCAACUGACGACUAUUCUGAGAGACAACGAAACGUUCUCGGCUUUCUUGACUGAGAAUUUGUCCUUGCCGCUUCCGGUGGUCGAGAGUUUCAUGGCAGCCAAUAUUUCUGUCAACUUGAUCUUGAUCCCUGUGCCUGGUCACCUUAGUAACUUUCUGUGUGACGGAAAAGAUCUGGACCAGUAUAUCCAGUUUCAAAGUCCGUUGGACAAGGAGGCCUUCCGGAAUGCCAGCUGCUCCCUGGACCCUCAGCAGCUCAGCGACAGCCAGCGAGUGCUCCUGCAGAAUCUGGACUUCAGCAAAGUCUUGGCUCAGCUGCCGUCAGCUUUGGAUUUAGACGCCGUCGACGUGACGACACUACUCACGAGAACCACGGCAAAUGCCCUCCCAAUUCUCCAGGAGGUGAGCCGUUUGCAGAACUCCGUGAGCCUCGCAGGUUCGCUGAAUUUCCAGAGGGACAUGAUUGGCAGCGUCAAUAUGCUUCUGUGCGGAAAGCAGCUUGACUCCAAUUCCAGCAACGUGACCCUGGGCUCCCCGUCGCUCAGACGAGCGGUUAGCAAGCAGUCAAUCUCCAGUCAGCGCAACACAUCCAGUUCUUUUUGUCAAACCCUCGUUGACACUCUUGAGGGAACCCGUUACAUCUGGAGCUCCUUCAAGCUCUUUUUCCGAGGAAAAAUCCUUUUUACACCCGAUAGCCCGGCGACACGACUCAUCGUGAAAGAGGCUAACAGCACCUUCCACGCCUUGGCGAUGCUAAAAGAAAUGGCCGACGCUUGGGAUGAACUGGGUCCACGUGUUUGGGACUUCUUUCAGAGCAGCCAGCAAGUCAGCGUAAUACGGACUUUGCUGACCAAUCCAGUCUUUGCCGCCGCCCUGGACCAACGUCUUAACGGCAGCGGCUGGACCGCCACUCUGCUCGCCAAUUUCCUCUAUGACGGACCCCCGGCGGAUCGACCCGAUGGGCCGCCGCCCCACGACUGGCGGGAUCUUUACAACACCACCACGGAGAUUCUCCAGUUUCUAUCCAAGGUCCUUGGUUGUUUGGAUUUGAACAAAUUUGAAGCCACUUCCAAUGAAGACCAGCUGGUGGGUAAAGCAUUGGAACUCCUCAUGACUGACAAUUACUGGGCCGGCGUCGUUUUUGUCAACCUGCCACCCAACGCCAGCCGAGUCCCUCCUCACAUACGUUACACGAUCCGCAUGGACAUCGAGGAAGUGGAGCUUAGCAACAAAAAAAAAGAACGGUCAUGGUCUCCGGGGGCUCGAGACAACUCUUUUAACGACCUGCGCUAUAUACGGGGAGGAUUCGCCUACGUGCAGGACAUGAUCGAGCACGGCAUCGUGCGAACGCAAACGUCCGGCAGUCAACCCCUCGGUGUUUUCGCUCAGCAAAUUCCCUACCCUUGCUAUGUGGAUGACACCUUCAUCCAAGCUAUCGGCGGGAUCCUCCCGAUGUUCCUGGUGCUGGCUUUUAUGUACACCACGUGCAUGAUCAUCAAAAGUCUGGUUCUGGAGAAAGAGCUUCGGCUCAAGGAGGUUCUGCGAGCGGUCGGCGUGCGCAACAGCGCCUUUUGGCUGACGAGGUUCGCCGAGAACGUGCUUCUGCUCGCCGUUCCGUGCGCCCUACUUAGUGUCAUGGUCAAGUAUGGCAAAGUGUUGCAGUACAGCGACCCCAGCCUCAUCUUUGUCUUCCUGUUGGUGUUCUGCCUGGCCACCGUCACCCAGUGCUUCUUCAUCAGCGUCUUCUUCUCCAAGGCCAACUUGGCGGCAGCGUGCGGCGGCCUCAUCUACUUUGUCCUCUACCUACCUCACAUCCUUUGCUACGCCUGGAGGGAUGUCCUAGGUUUCGGACCCAAGGUUGCGGCGAGUUUAUUGUCCUGCGUGGCAUUCGGUUUUGGCUGCGAGAGCUUCUCCAAAUAUGAGGUGCAAGGCGUCGGUAUCCAGUGGUCCAACGUGGGCCGGAGUCCCGAGGAGGGCGAGCGCUACACUUUCGCCGUGUCCAUCGGCAUGAUGCUAUUUGACGCCGCCCUCUACUGGACGCUCACUUGGUACAUCGAAAGUGUCUUCCCAGGCCAGUACGGAAUCCCCAGGCCUUGGUACUUCCCGUUCACGGCUUCUUACUGGUGUGGCAGCCCCUCUGCACCUGAUCUGCAAAAGGACGCCACCAGCUCCUUGCACAACGAAUAUCUGGAGAAAUCGGACCCCAAUCUAAAAGUCGGCGUGUCGGUACGCAACCUGGUCAAAAUCUACAAAACAGGAAAUAAGCUGGCUGUGGACGGGCUGAGCGUCGACUUCUACGAAAACCAUAUUACCUCCUUCCUGGGCCACAACGGAGCUGGGAAAACCACCACCAUGUCAAUUCUGACGGGCCUGUUCCCGCCCACGUCGGGCACGGCACUCAUCAACGGCUCCGAUAUUUGCACCGACAUCGAUGGCGCCCGCCGGCACUUGGGCAUGUGCCCCCAGCAUAACGUCCUCUUUGACGAGCUGACGGUCGAGGAGCACAUCUACUUCUACGGCCGUUUGAAGGGACUGAGUCGCGCCGAGGUGGACGCCGAGAUGGAGCAGAUGAUCCGGGAUGUCGGUCUGCCGCACAAGAGACGAGACCUGGCCAAGAACCUGUCAGGCGGCAUGCAGAGGAAGCUGUCGGUGGCCAUCGCGUUUGUCGGAGGAUCAAAAGUUGUCAUCUUAGACGAGCCCACGGCAGGGGUCGACCCCUACGCCCGCAGGGGGAUCUGGGAGCUGCUCCUCAAGUACAAACAAGGCCGCACCAUCAUCCUGUCCACGCACCACAUGGACGAGGCGGACAUCUUGGGCGACCGCAUCGCCAUCAUCGCUAAUGGCAGGAUGCGAUGCUGCGGGUCGUCCCUGUUCCUGAAGAAACGCUUCGGCACGGGCUACUACCUCACGCUGGUCAAGGAGCAGGAACGUCCUUCAAGGAGAAACAGCGCCCACGACCACACCACCAUGGAGAGCCGAAACUACGAAGGAGUCCAUCCUACCGAUUUGACAACGCUGGGUCAACUGGUGCAUCGCUACGUCCCGCGGGCGCUCUUCUUGGAGCGCAUCGGCUAUGAAAUCACCUACGUCCUGCCCUACGACGGCGCCCACGAUGGAACGUUUGCCCGGCUUUUCCGUGAGCUGGACCUGGCCAUGGCCGACCUGGGUUUGACCAGCUACGGCAUCUCUGACACCACUCUGGAAGAGAUUUUUUUAAAAGUCGCUGAAGACACAGGAGUGGAUGCAGAAGACAUUUCAACAACAAAGAGGAAUAGCAUCUCGGCCGCCACCGUCCAUCCCGAAACGGAAAAGGAGGCGAGCGGUGACAUGGAAAUGUUUGCCAGUCAAGUGGAAAUUUUACAGAGGGACACCGGUGUCGGCGGUAGGGGCUCGACGGUCAUCGUCGGAUGGCAGCUGAUCAGGAGGCAGUUCCUGGCUCUCUUCAUCAAGCGCUUCCACCAUGCCAGGAGGAGCCGCAAGGGACUCAUUGCCCAGGUGGUGUUGCCUGCCGUUUUUGUGUGCCUCUCCCUGAUCGUCUCACUCAUCGUUCCGCCAUUCUCCGAAUAUCCCAGUCUGGAACUGCAACCCUGGAUGUACGGCUUACCUCAGACCACCUUCUUCAGUAACGAUGCACCAGGAAAUCCUAAGGUGUCUGAAGUGGUAGAAACCCUGGUGAACAAUCCCGGCUUCGGAACACGUUGCAUGGACGGCGACCCAAUCCCGGGGUUACCUUGUGUCUCCCGCCUCUCCGAUUGGCUCACGCCAUCUGUGGACCAGUCGGUGACCGACGUCUUUCUAGAGGGCAACUGGAGCAUGUCCAACCCCUCCCCUUCUUGCCAGUGUAGCACUCCUCAACGCCAAAUGAUGCUGCCCGACUGUCCGCCCGCCGCAGGGGGGCUCCCGCCUCCGCAGAGGAUACAGAACACAACCGACACGCUCCUGGAUUUAACGGGACGGAAUAUGACUGACUUCCUGGUCAAGACUUUUGAGCGGUCCGGCAAAACCAGGUAUGGUGGGAUCUCGGUUGGUGUCAACUCCCAAGUCCGCCUGAACGAUGCAGGAAUCAAAGCCACGUUCCAGAACCUGAGAGAUAUCUUCAAUUACUCCCAUGCCAACGUGACGGACAAGCUCCUCGAUACAGCCGAGACGCUGCUCAAGAGGCUGGAAACCAAACACUAUCUGAAGGUGUGGUUCUACAACCAGGCGUGGCACAGCUUGGUGUCCUUCCUCAACGUGGCUAACAACGCCAUCUUGAGAGCGGGCCUGCCGACGGGAGCGGACGCCCGGCGUUACGGGAUCUCGACGUCCAGUCACCCUCUUAACCUUACCAAGGAGCAACUCUCCUUUGUGGCCUUGGCCUCGAGUUCCACCGACGUAGUGUUGUCCAUCUGCGUCAUCUUCGCCAUGUCCUUCAUCCCCGCCAGCUUUGUCCUCUUCCUCAUCCAGGAGCGAGUGAGCAAAAGCAAGCACCUGCAGUUCGUCAGUGGCGUCAACCCGACCGUCUACUGGUUGUCCAAUUUCGCCUGGGACGCCUGCAACUACGCCGUCCCUUGUGUCAUCGUGAUCGUCAUCUUCCUGUGCUUUCAACAAGAAGCGUACGUCUCGGCGGCCAACCUGCCCGCUUUGAUUCUGCUGCUGCUUUUCUACGGGUGGUCCAUCACACCCAUGAUGUACCCGGCGUCGUUCGUGUUCAGCGUGCCCAGCACCGCCUACGUGGUGCUCACCUGCGUCAACCUCUUCAUCGGCAUCAACGGCAGCGUGGCCACCUUCAUGAUGGAGCUUUUUGAUGAUAGCAACAUAACGCUCAUUAACGACAUCGUGAAACAAGUGCUCCUCAUCUUCCCUCACUUCUGUCUGGGCCGAGGACUUAUUGACAUGGCGAAGAACCAGGCUAUGGCCAACCUCUUCAGUAACUUUGGCGAGAAUCGCUUCAAGGAGCCGCUAAGCUGGGAGAUGGUGGGAAAGUACCUGUGCGCCAUGUCCAUCCAAGGAGCUGUCAUGUUUGCUAUCACCCUUCUCAUUCAGUACAAGUUCUUCUGUAAACCCAGGUUUAUUUCAGCUAAGUCGUUAUCCACGGAGGAAGAGGAUGUGGAUGUAACUCGUGAACGGGAGCGGGUGUACGCUGGGAAGGCCCAGAACGACCUUUUGAGGCUCUACGAUCUGACUAAGGUGUAUCCGGGGAAGCGCAUCCCCGCCGUGGACCGGCUAUGCGUGGGCGUUCCUACGGCAGAGUGCUUUGGCUUGCUGGGAAUCAACGGGGCCGGGAAGACGACCACCUUUAAGAUGCUGACCGGUGACAUCCCGGUUUCCAGUGGCGAGGCCUUCCUCAACGGGUUCAGCAUAAGGACCGAAAUGAGGGCCGUGCACCAGAACAUGGGCUACUGCCCCCAGUUCGAUGCCAUCAAUGACCUACUGACCGGCCGAGAGCAUCUGGAGUUCUACGCCAGGCUUCGAGGGGUUCCGGAAAAGGAGGUCGCCAUGGUGGCUGAGUGGGGCAUUCAGAAACUAGGCCUGAUUAAGUAUGCCACCAAGCCGGCGGGCACCUACAGUGGAGGCAACAAGCGUAAACUUUCCACCGCCAUCGCCUUGAUAGGCUGUCCUCCGCUCAUCUUCUUGGAUGAGCCCACCACCGGGAUGGACCCUAAAGCUCGGCGCUUCUUGUGGGACUGCAUCAUGAGCGUGGUCAAGGAGGGACGCUCUGUCAUUCUCACCUCACACAGUAUGGAGGAGUGUGAAGCGCUGUGCACGCGCAUGGCCAUCAUGGUGAACGGACACUUCAAAUGCCUCGGCAGCAUUCAGCAUCUGAAGAGCAGGUUCGGCGACGGCUACACGGUGACGGUACGCGUGGGCGGCCAUCCUCCGCAUCUGAAGCCCGUGGAGGACUUUAUCGAGCGGACUUUCGCGGGAAGCGUCCUGAAAGAGAAGCAUCACAACACGUUGCAGUACCAGCUGCCGACAGGCCAGGGGGUGCUGGCGCACAUCUUCCGACACUUCACCGAGCAGCGGCAGACGCUAUGCGUGGAUGACUACUCCGUGUCUCAGACCACCCUGGACCAGGUCUUUGUGAAUUUUGCCAGCCGCCAACUUGGCGAGGAUGACUCUCCGAGCUACGACAACCAGGUGGACACCUCCGACGAGCUCCCGAUCAAGUCGAUCGAGACCUCCUGCAAGGUCUAGCACUGUUCAAAUGAAACUUCUCGCACAUUGUGCUCAUUGCACUCAACCAUGUUUUUAUUUAUUUUCACAUAACAAAUCUGUACUGCAAUUAUCCUCCAUCUUCAAUAUCAUUGCUGACUAGUUCUUGAUUAAACAUAUUUGCAAACGAUAA